AUGCAUUUAGUUUUGCUGUACUGCUUUGUCCCGAAAUCCAAGAAUCAUGAUGAUGAAUUGUCGGGUGUGAUAGCAAUGCUUCAGUAUUAUCACUACUACUACUGCCUCAACUGGCUUUUUGCCCCUGUUGUAGAUUACUUUAGUUAUUUUCUGAUUAUUGUUGAUAUUUUAUUAUUUAGCCUGGCAGUGCACAACAGUGAUGGCUUGAAUGUCGGGCAAUCGUCAACUAUCGAUAUCGAUGAUAAGUAA